UGGCCACAGAUGCUGGGAAGUACAGAGAGAGAGAGAGGCGUAGAUAAUCGAUGGCCGAGAUUGGAUUUUUCCUCCGGACAGAAAAUCGUACAGAUGACGAUGAUGAUAUGAUCCGUGACUUUCCUCAUGAUUUCAAAUCAUAUGUGAAGAACCACCAGCUGCUCUGCCAGCGCGGAGACUAUAACAUUGGCUGGGUUUUUUCGAGUUGUGAACGUCUUCCUCCUCCGCCUCCCUUCUCCGGAAAUUUGCAAAAUCAUACAGAUAUAAUCGAUGAAACCUUGAUUGCUGCUUAUCCACAGUUUAUAGAUGCAUUAAAAAAUCUCUUUCGAGAGAUAAUAUUAAAGUCAGCAGCCCAAGUUCUUGUUCAGUUUUGGAAAGUCAUAGAAAUUGGGGGCAAGCGUUUACUUACAAUUCAACACCAACCUUUUAGUCUUUCCUACAUCGAUGAAGGACUUUGUUUGUAUAGGUUGAUGUCUUUGGAUAAUGAAUGUUAUGUGGAUGGAGAGAGUGAGGAAGAUCUUGGCCUCCUGAACCGUGUGUUCCGACAUCAACAGGAGGAGUCUACUCCAAAUGUGCGGUAUUACUCCUGCAAAGAGUAUCCACAGCGUGAUCAUGCUAUCGUUUGCAAUAUUUGGGGAUCUCGGGCUAUACCAUUGUUUGAACCUUCUAGGCAGGACUGUGUUGGUGUACUUGAGAUAGUGACGACGAUUGAAGUAUCAAAAUUCUUUUAUCUUUUGGAACUUUCGGUCUAUGUUAAGGGCGGAGGUCUGAGAAGUUCAAAAUGUGAUCAUUUGUAUUAUGAGAAAGACAAUGUUGAAACUCCUAAAGAUAUCAAGAAGAUGCUAGAAAUGGUGUGUAGCACUCAUUAUCUACCUUUGGCUCAGACCUGGGUCUUGUGUAGGCUUUGCAAUGUUGUGUCCAGAAAUUGUACAACCUAUCAUAGAGAGAAAGAUAAGUUUCAUUUCUUACAUACAUGUUCUUUACAUAACCUACAAAAAGGGCAGGGGGUUGUUGGGAGAGCAGUUUUGUCCCAAAAUUUGGUCUUCUGCAAAGAUAUUACUCAAUUUAGCAUAACUCAGUACCCUUUGGCACACUACGCACGUGAACAUGGACUUAAGGGUUGUUUUGCAAUCUGCAUGCGAAGUAGUUAUACUGGAGACAAUGUUUACGUGCUAGAAUUCUUUCUGCCCCCAAACUACACUAAAGGUGGGGAUCCAAGGAUUGCUUUGGUUCCAUUAUUGACAACAAUGAAGAAGGAUUGUAAAAGUCUUAAGGUCGCUUCUGGAGAAGAACUAGGAGAGAAGUUGUCUAUUGAAGUUCUUGAUUUUUCAGAGGACGGUAAACUUUAUUCUUUUCAAAUACCCCAAACUGCAAGAUCUCCAAUUAGGAUGGAGAAUGGAGAAGAGAUGGUGUUUCUAGAUUUAUCCGAUCAACAAUUACCAAAAGUGGAUGCUAUAGACACUAGAAACAAUGUUGUUAGUAACAGUGAAGAAAACAACAUUGUUGUUACUUCCUCACAUCAACAAUGCAUAAUUAACUCGUCCCAGAGGCCACAAAGAAAAGCUGGAAUUCCAAUUAGCUUGGAGGAUCUCCAGCAACAUUUUGGAAUGAAACUUGAUGAUGCUGCAAAAAGCCUUGGCAUUAGCCGAUCCACAGUGAAGCGUGCUUGCAGGGAAUAUAAUAUCACCUGGUGGUCACCUCGCAAGAGAAGUAAGGAUAACCACUUGCUUUCCAAUAAACUUGUCCAAGCUGCUGUUCAGGAACAAAUCGGAGAACCUAGUCAGCCUCCAAUUUCUGAUCCACCUCGUAAGCAAGACGUCGCUACUGCUUCUCGCCCAAAACCACGUUUUACAGUAGCACAAGACACAAGUGUUGCAACCAUAAAGGCAAAAUAUGGAGAUGAUUUUAUUAGAUUUCAGCUCCCUGUGUUGUCUGGAAUGAUAGAGUUUCAACAGCAAGUGGCAAAGAGGCUGAACCUUAAGGGUGGAACUUACCGUGUCAAGUAUCAAGAUGAGGACAAUGACUGGAUUUUAAUAGCUUGCGAUGAGGACUUGCAAAAUUACAUCUGCAAUUCAAUAUCACAAGGGAGGAAUACAGUCACAAUGUUGCUUCAGUCAAUUACAAAUUGCCCACCUUAAAUUCUUGCUAAAUAUCCAUUUAUCACUUUAGCUGCAUGUGGAAUUCUCUAGUUUACAUUAAAAAGAAAAAAUUCAAGGUUUGUAUCUUGUAUGUUUGUUACAAGUAUGUAUGGAUUUUAUGUAUUGUAUGUUGUUUACUUAAUUGAUUGAGCUAUUUUGAUGAAUUGAUAUUA